GCGAUGGCCAUGGUGAGUGGGGGCUGGGGAGAUCCCAAUGGGGGCACCAACGGCUUAGGGGACAAGAGCUACCUGAGGGGGGAGGAGGAGGACGGCUCUCCCCAGGCGGGGGGCAGCGACAUGGAAGCCGGAGACGAAGACAAGGCGUGCGUGGUGGACUGCGUGGUGUGCGGGGACAAGUCCAGCGGGAAACAUUACGGCGUGUUCACCUGCGAGGGCUGCAAGAGCUUCUUCAAGAGGAGCGUCAGACGCAACCUCAGCUACACUUGCAGGUCUAACAGAGAGUGUCAGAUUGACCAGCACCACAGGAACCAGUGCCAGUACUGUCGCCUGAAGAAGUGCUUCCGUGUUGGCAUGCGCAAAGAAGCAGUUCAACGCGGUCGCAUCCCACCUCAGCCGAGCCUCAGCCCCUCCAUCACGCCCAUAGGUGGCGCCAGCGGCCUUGGAGGUGGUGAAUUUUAUAACAACAACAAUGGAGGAAGUGGUGGAGGUCAGCCGGUGUCAGAGCUAAUUUCUCAGCUGCUGCGAGCAGAGCCUUACCCCAGCAGUCGGUAUGGGCACCAGUACAACCAACAGGCCGGUCCAGAUAAUGCAAUGGGCAUUGAUAAUAUCUGUGAACUGGCAGCCCGGCUUCUCUUCAGUACUGUGGAGUGGGCCAGAAACAUCCCUUAUUUCCCUGAGCUGCCUGUUUCAGACCAGGUUGCCCUGCUGAGGCUGAGCUGGAGUGAACUGUUCAUCCUCAAUGCGGCCCAGUCGGCUCUGCCGCUCCACAUGGCUCCCUUGCUGGCCGCGGCCGGCUUCCACUCAUCGCCCAUGUCUGCCGAGCGAGUGGUGUCCUUCAUGGACCAGGUGAGGGUGUUCCAGGACCAGGUGGACAAGCUGACCAGGCUGCAGGUGGACUCGGCUGAGUACAGCUGUCUCAAGGCCAUCGCACUGUUCUCACCAGACGCCUGUGGUCUAACAGACCAAGUCCACGUGGAGUCUCUGCAGGAGAAGGCUCAGGUGGCUCUGACAGAGUACGAGAGGAUGCAGUAUCCAAGUCAGCCUCAGCGCUUCGGCCGCCUGCUCCUGCGCCUCCCUGCCUUGCGCGCUGUUCCCGCCAACCUCAUCUCUCAGCUCUUUUUCAUGCGCCUGGUAGGAAAGACACCCAUCGAGACGCUGAUCCGUGACAUGCAGCUCUCCGGAAGCUCAAUCAGCUGGCCGUAUGUCCCAGGACAGUAGCCCCCGUCCCCCCUGACGGAUGAGGUCUCCGUCUGGGAUUAGUGACGACAAGGACCCACAGGAAACCUCCUGACUCAUCACUAUCCAUCUGUGUGGUUAUCAAACUGCAGUGCCAGCUGGCCAUCAUACGUACUGUACUGUAACCGCUCUAUCCCCCACCCCCCCUCAUGAAACGAGCCCUCUGUCUCCACGCAGGCCUCCAGAGAAAAGAGAGGAGCUGGUGCCAGGCUGGAUCUGUCUUGUUGCCAGCUCAGUCGUUCUGGUGCCAGGUCUGAGGCCAGAGACCAGCUCUUCAUGCUGGGCUCCGAUAUGGCCACCACAGCCAGUCAUGUCACCACCCACAUGCCAUAGUGACUAAAGACACCGCAGUUUCAUGUAGAGGGCAGCAGCACCCUGCUACAAAUACAUCUACAGGACAAAACUGUCCCGCCACUGAAAGUCAGAGGAGGAAUUUUUCCCACACUGGGCUCAUUUUCCAUGACUCACCAUUUGUGAUACUGUGACCUUCUGACUGAUAACAUUACAAUCAUGAAUAUAACUGAACAGUCUAAAGCUGCAGAAAGCUGUGGUUGCACUGUGAACUGAACACAAGACACAGUGAGGAAAUCUGAAUUCACCGCUCUCUUACCUCAACACCUGAGGAGGAAGCCAAGGAAGAGAAAUAAAGAAAAACCAAGGAAAACUCACCAAAGUCUAUCACGUCAUCAUCCGAUGAUUUUUAAGUAGAAUAAUUAGAACACAAAGCAGAGAGAAGGAGAUGAACGGACUCUUGUGACUGUUUGACCAUCAAGUGAACAAUGCAUUUAAAUUCAUUCACAGGGCUCACUGUUCCGAGAAGAUUUGAAAACAAGAAGCAACACUUACAUGAGAACGGACUAAUACCUCACUAGACAUCAGAAUGCUUUAGUCUGAUAUUUCCUAAACACAAACCUCUGUAAAUGUCGUUCACCAGAAACCGCCUUCUUUUUGACAACUGCCUUGUUAUUCAGUAUGAAUUUGGGACACAUUUGAAAUAUGAAGUGAGUCUUACAAACAUCACAAACAUUCGUCUUGUAUCUUUUAAAAAAAAAAUAUCCCCAAAGUGGUUUUCACCUGUGUUUUGAAUAUGAGUUUGACUGACUGAAUAUGGUGAAUUCAGCUAUUAACAUUGCUUGGGUCGACCUUUUUUUUUAUUUUUUAUUUUUAAUUAUUAUUAUUAUUGAGAAACGGCAGGCUGACAUAUACGUAAACUUAACUUGGGUUCCAGUACGAUAAACAUUUCAACAGAUCGUUGGUGAUCAGAGAGUUUAUAACCAACACUACCAGUCAACCAGCGCUGUUUCUGGAGGUAAUGAUCCCUUGAAAAAUGUAUUGAAGUGUAUAUAUAUUGCAGCCAACUUUGUCUUUUUGCAUGUUCAAAUGUUGUUUUGAAUCUCUGCUAAGUUGAGACUGUUUCCUUCUUUUACAUUAUGUAAUUCAAGAUUCAUUUAAAGUAUUGCUUUGUCUGUUAGCUCCUAAACGUUUUUUUUUCUAUAUGUAUUUACAUGAAAAAAUACCUCUGUCAUUUGUUCAGAUGUCAAAAAAGAAGCAUCAUCUUCAUGCCAUUACAGCAGAUACAAUGUAGAGAUGUUCAUGCUCUCAUCUCUGAGCAUCUGAGUGAGUCUCUCCUGUUACUGAGUGAUGUGAGACAAUGUUGUGAUGAUGAAUGAGGAUGCACUUGGAGGAUAUUCAAUGCCAAAAUAUCAGUCUGUGACAAGUUAAAAGAAGACGGGCCCUGUUUUGCUGGUCCACCAGGAUUUACCUCACACAGGUAUUUCAAGUGGCGAGUUUACAAAAUCAUAAGUAUUUUAGAUAGUCUAAAAAGAUAUCAGCUCUAGCUAUGACAUCUUUCAGCCUUUAUUGAUGAAAACAACAAAAUCAAAGGAUUUAACUCUGCUUCUUGAUCUGCCAUCGGGCCUUUUGAAAGUUAUUGGGAUGUUCUUCUUUUAGGCAAGACCUCACUCCACCAUGUCAUAGAGAAAAAAAGAUAAAUAUACUGUUAAUGUUUUCCUAUCUUUGUGUUACUGAGUUCUUAAGUUUUUAAAAUUUCAUGUGUAUGGCAACGUUAUUAAAAAAAAAAAAAAAAAAAAAAAAAUCAAAGGAUGACGAUGUGUCUUUUGUUUUCUUUGUUUUUUUUUUUCAAACUACUUGAAAAAGUGUUGUAAUUACAUCUGUAUGAAGAAUGCCAAAUAAACACUGCAACAUGUA